UUUUUCAAUGAUAAUAAUAUAGAUGAACUUUGCAUUUAAUGAACUAUCACCUCAAGUGUUGUGUGUAUUCUUUUGGGAAAACAAAAAGAAAUUAAUAUAAUUAAAUUGUACAAAACACAAAAAAUAAAAUAAGAAGAAUGAAAUUAAUUUCAACACUUGUGUAUUUUGUGGUUGCAUUUUACAAGUUCUUUAAGAAAUUCUUAAUGGGCUCAUUCAAUUCGGCACCCAAAAUCAAUAAUGUUGACUCUCAGGAUGAUGGUUUGGAACUGCCCAAAGGAUUAAGUACUCCAGCUUUGUUACAGCAUGUCCAACAACUGCGAGGCGGUGGCCUGGAGCAGCCAUCGCUAUUGAAUCGGUAUUUUGUUAAGUCCACGGUUCCAGAUGAUGAUGAUGAAGAUGUCACCGAUGGAUUGCGUUGCCUAAAAUUGAAUUCAGUUUCACGUGUUUGCAGUGCUCCAGUUGAAGGUGAUGGUACUCAGACUAUACGUCUAUUACAAUGGAAUAUCUUAUCGCAAACUCUUGGCCAGCAUAAUGAUGGCUUUGUACGUUGUCCCGAGGAAGCCUUAACCUGGCAACAUCGUAAAUAUCUGAUUGUUCAGGAGAUAUUGCAAAAUCAGCCGGAUGUUAUUUGUCUGCAAGAAGUGGAUCAUUUCAAGUUUUUGCAAACUGUAUUGGGCAGUCAAAAUUAUGCUGGCAUUUUCUUUCCCAAACCGGAUUCACCAUGUUUGUAUAUAGAGCAAAAUAAUGGACCAGAUGGAUGCGCUAUAUUCUACAAACGCGAUAAAUUUCAAUUGAUGGGCUAUGAUACUCGCAUUCUGGAGGUAUGGCGAGUCCAAAGCAAUCAAGUGGCUAUUGCCACUAGACUUCGAAUAAAAUCAUCGGGCCAAGAGUUCUGUGUGUGUACUACCCAUUUGAAGGCUCGUCAUGGUGCCCUUUUGGCCAAAUUGCGCAACGAACAGGGACGAGAUUUGAUACGUUUCGUAAAGCAAUUCGCUGGCGAGAGUCCUUUGCUUCUAUGUGGUGAUUUCAAUGCUGAACCCAUUGAACCCAUUUAUGCCACAAUUCUCAAUUGCGAUCUAAUGAAAUUGGGCAGUGCCUAUGCUGAUAUGAAAAUGGAUCGUGAGAAAAUCCUAGAACCCUGUGAUGAUGCCAAUGAAUGGGUUUCGCAAUCGAUAAAACGUGAGCCUCCCUAUACCACAUGGAAAAUACGGGAAGAGGGUGAAGUCUGUCAUACUAUUGACUACGUCUUCUAUACACCAGAACAGCUAAAGAUCAAAAACUGUUUGGCCUUUCCCGAUGGCGAAGAGAUCGGUAAAAAUCGUACGCCCAGCUAUCAAUAUCCAUCGGAUCACUUCUCUUUGGUCUGUGAUUUUGAACUGAUCAAUGAUAAUGUAGAUGGUGCGGGUACAGAAGCUAAAACCCACGACAUCAUACAAUAGAAUCCAAAAAACAAAAAGAAAAUCGCAUAAUAACAAAUGAAAAUCAAACGCAUCCUUAAUUUUACCAUUCUACAGUUUCAGUUUACAUUUUUAUAUAUAUACAUAUAAAUUGUGAUAUUAGUUGUUAGAUACAUUUUAGCCUCAUCGUAACAGAAAUAAUCCAAAAUGCACAAUAAUAAAACAAAGGAAAAUAAGAAAA